AGUUGCGGUCGCAGCUGAACGAACAGCUGCGAGCGUUGGACGGACGCGUGGACACGCAGACGGCGCUGGUGGCGGAACUGCAAGACUGGUUCCGGCGGAGGGCAGAGCUGCACCAGGACUACGCCGCCAAGCUCGACAAGCUCGCCAAGUCGCUGCAGGCCAGGCACAAGGAGCAGCGCAUCAAGCGUGAACAGCUGCAGUUGUUUAGUGUGUACAGUUGUUGGAAUUCUCUAGUAAACCAAACAAGAAAAGAUGCACGGGACCAGGCAGCCAUGGCUGACGUCUACCUCAACAACAUCAUUCCACGAUUUACACAAGUGCAGGAUGACUUGCAGAGAAUCUACAAAAGGUGUCGAGAGAUUGGUUACGAGAGUCAUGAAGAGCUGCUUAAGGUACUGCAUGAGUUGCACACCACCAUGCGCACCUACCACACUUACCAGACAGAAUUCAAGAAUGCUGAGACCAAACUGAGGAAUUUUGAAGCCCAGAGGACCAAGCUGGAACAGGCCAUCCCCAAGGAAAAGUUGGAAAAGAGCAAGAAAUUCCGUAUGAUCGAAAAGGAGAUUCAGAAGAGAAGCAACAAAUACAUGGACGCUAAGCUAAAGGCACUGAAAGCCCGCAACGAGUACAUCCUUUCUAUGGACUCUGCUAAUGCUGCCAUCCAUAAGUACUUUGUAGAGGACUUAUCAGAUAUUGUUGAUUGUAUGGACUUUGGAUUUCAUAGUAGCAUAGCCCGUGCUCUCCUCACACAUGUGUCCGGACAAGAAUGUGUCAGGAGGAGCUUGCAGAGUGGUAUUGACGAGUUGAACAAAACCAUCAACAACCUUGAUUCUCGCCUAGACAAGCAGAGAUUCCUAGAGCAGAACAAUGCGGCCUUCAUGCUCCCUAAGAAGUUUGAGUUCCAAGGCCAUAAGGGAGAUGAGACUCAUGAUGAUGCCAGUGCAAAACAAGUGAACCAGGUGGUAGUUAAUCGGCAAGUGCAAGAGGAGAUGGAGAAACGGUAUGCACACCUAGUCUCGAGACUGACAAGCCUCAAAACAGAAUCAGAGGAAACUUGGAAGACCAUCGAAACAGCUGAAAAAACCCUGAUGGAGAUGAUCAACCAGAGGGACUAUGACUGUGCGCACUACUUCAUUGACGAACCUCGUGCAGAUAACAAGCAACCUGAGUCUAUGCUGAUUAAAAUGAAAGCAGACAGACAAGAAACGGAAGAUUUCUACUUAGGGAAAUUCCGUGAGUAUGUCUUAGGAGGUAACCUGAUAACCAGAUUACAAGCACGUUAUGAAUUAAUGCGUAAGGCUUUAGGAGACGAAACUCAUACAACUUCUUCACCCACUCCAACAAGGAACCUUGUGAACAAACCACGCCGAAGGCGAAUUGGGCGCAACCCGCUGAUGGGCCAACCCAAGCUGUUUGGUGGAUCAUUAGAGGAGUACCUGGAGGCAACAAGUCAAGAUAUUCCAUUAAUAAUGAAGUCUUGUAUCAGAGUCAUCAAUCUCUACGGGUUGCACCACCAAGGGAUCUUCCGAGUGUCAGGGUCGCAGCUGGAAAUCAACAACUUCCGUGAGUCAUUUGAGAGAAUGGAAGACCCACUGGCAGAUGUUACCGAUGCAUCUGACAUUAACAGCGUUGCUGGUGUCCUGAAAUUGUACUUGCGGGAGCUCAGAGAACCGCUCUUCCCUACAGUCUUCUUUGACCAAUUUAUGGAGAUUGCUCAGUUAGAGAAGAAGCAUGACUUUGUUGUUAAGAUGAGAGAUGUUGUGACAAGUCUUCCUCGGCCAGUCUUCAUUGUCAUGCGCUACCUCUUUGCAUUCCUUAAUCA